CCUACCAUGUCGGCUGCAGAUACAAGGAGGUAUUGGGCUUCCUUUAUUAAUACUCACCAGCGUAAGGACACAAUUUCUACACUAGGAAUAUCCGACUCCUCCUCUCCAAAGCAGCCUGAAUUCCCGAUCAUUUACCAAUACUUUAUAUUUCAAUUGUCGAACCUAGAGCAUUUGGUACUGGAAGGAGGAGCUGCUGUUCUAGGACUCAAAGCGAUGGUCUCCGCGAACCAAGUUCCCUCGAUGCUCACCAAGCUUACAAUAUCCAACAGUAAAGAGGUGAAAAAGGAUCACAUAGAUGCACUCGUAAGAGUCCUUAAUGUCCCUCCGCCUCAACAAGUCUCCCUUCAAAUCAAAGAUUGCCCCUCUUUAUCCGACACGGCCGAAGAGCGACUACUUUUGGGCGAUAUUGCAGCGUAG